AUGCGUGAUAAGAGUGGGCGCGCACAGAUGAACAUCAUUUGUAUCAACGACAGCGGCGCGGUUUUUCAGGGUGCGGUCGACUGUAAGGCGGAGACUAAGCAUGGGGCGUUCAUUGUGAGGAUCCUGGAGCCGAUCAUUGAGAAGAUUGGGCCGCAGCACGUCGUCGCUUUUUGUACGGACGGCGGCAGCAAUUACGUGUCCCCCGGUAAGAAGCUGCAGAAGAUCUACCCGCAUCUCGAGAUCGUUCCCUGCGCCACUCACGUGCUCGACCUGUUGAUGGAGGACAUCGGCGGGAUGGAUUGGGCGCAGGAUGUCGUCCCUGUUGCGAACGACAUCAUCUCGUUCGUUCGUAGCUACACGUGGACGCGCGCCUUCCUGCGGUGUCCCGAGCUGCACGGCGAGGAGAAGUCGCUGCGCCCGGCGGGCACGCGCUUUGGGACGAACUACAUCGCUGUGUCGCGGCUGCUCAAGAUUCGUUCGCAUCUGACGCAGAUGGUGACGCACAAAGACUGGGAGGAGAAGGGAGGUAGCACGCAGACUGGAAAGACAUUUGCGGCGUGGGUGAUGAGGCGGACUGAUGGGGAGGUGAAGGGGAGGAUGGAUGAGUUGUACGACAUCAUGCUGCGGCUGACGGAGGACUUGCGGGAGCUGCUGGAGAAGGAUGAUUGUGGGCUCAAGAGGGCGGAUAAGGAGGGGGUGAAGGAGCACUUGAGGCGGCGUUGGGAGAGCUUGGCCUGCCCCCUUCACGUGGUUGGCCGGAUUCCGAACCCGGCCAGACAGGAGGAGGGGAUCUACCACAAGGACGUCGAGUGCAACAGGGUGAUGAAGGCGUGGCUCCAGCGCUCGAAGGCAUUCGUCAAGAAGUAUUGGAAGAGCGGCGGCGACACUAAGGGGACGAUGAAGGCGCUGCAGGAGGGGAUGCUUGCGGUCAUUGAGGGCAAGGGGUGCGCGGGUCUGAGGAGGCAAUAG